CACAAAUACUAUAGUUUUGCAAUGUGGAGCCUAUAAAUUUGAGCUUCUCUAGUAUCACUUGAGCAUCACUUAAUCAAAUUAAUUAAGCUUAAAAUCUUCAGUAACUAGCAAGAAAAUGAAGGGAGUGGUGGUACAGAUUUUGCUUGCUGUGGCCAUUGUUGAAAUAAUGAUGGUACCGGGUCUGGCCAUAGAUUGUGCGCAAGUGAAUUUUUCACUGGCGACUUGUAUUCCUUUCCUGACAGGAAUUGAGGCUUCUCCUUCUCUGGCGUGUUGUGCCGGAGUCAGGAGUUUGAAAACGCUUGCGCCAACUCCGGAAGAUAGGAGAGUUGCCUGCGAAUGUGCUAAGGCGGCCGCGGUUCGCUACCCUAGUCUAAAAGUUGAUGCCGCGUCUUCCCUUCCAAAGAAGUGUGGAGUUGAUAUUAACAUCCCCAUCUCUAAAACUACUAACUGUCAGAGCAUCAACUAAUUAAGAGGGAUUGCCUAUCAGAGAAGCCAGAAAUAAAGCAUUAGGAGAAUCUUCAAAUUGCUGCCAUCUAUCUCCAUUUUGUACUUCAAAUACUAUAAUAAAAGAGUUUGUAUGUACAAAGCUGCAAUAUCUUGGUUUUAAUGGAGGCAUAUAUUUCAGAUCAAUAAUUUCAUAAUCAACUAGCACGUAUAUAUAAGCAUACAACUGUUGAAGCAAAAUAAACCCAGUAAUUAAAUUUUCGAGUAAUUAACUUUUCAGAAAGUACAUAUAAUUAUACAACAAGUGACGCCAAAAUCUUGUGUUAAAGCACUGCAAAGCAAUAUAAACACAUAUGUUCACGUAAGGGCAGAUCCCAUAG